AACACUUAUUGUUUAACAAUAUCACACACGCGAAGGGAAAACCCUAUUAGAUCAAUAAAGCUAACCGAGUUCACCGAGUUCAAGGAGAGAAAUAGACUAAUCCACAUUGCUGUUGACAAUGUAUCCCAUGAGGAGUUUGACAAACUCCAUUUUAAUCGCCGUCUUUGUUGUUCUUGUAACCUUGGCAACCACGAGUUAUUCAUGCUCGACGGAAGAGUUCGAAAACCAGGCACGAUCAUGUGUUAACUCCUUCGUAGAUACAUUCAAGAUAGACAGUAAUAGUGAUUGUGGUUUAACAUACAAUGCGGCUGUCAGUUGCAUUAACGAAAAAGUAAAGAAUUGUCUUCGAAAUGCCCGAAAUGAAAGCACCCAGGCAAUAAAGUUCCUGGCACAUGUCUACAAGGCCGACAAGAACUUCUACUGCGAGGACGGGCUUCUCAUGACCUUGGCUAACCACCGCCAAAUAGCUCAGAAAGACUGUAGUGAAAAGUUCUUCAAGAAGACCAGGAAAUGCAGUGGAAACUUCCUGAAGAAGUACAGGAAGAACAGAGGAAGCUUCAAGAAUUGCAAGCGGUUUUUUGAAGCGAAGCGGUGCAUGCUGCAGGCGGUUGAAAGCAAUUGCAACACCUCACGAUGGCAACAGGCGAUGAUAGCAGACUACAAACACAAGUACAACCCGUACUGCCCCGAUAGACAGGACCCAGGCUCACACAAAGUUGGCGGUGGAGCGUUUGGGCGAUGCACACAGAAGAGUUACGUGAUCAAGUCUCGUGGAUGUAUUGCGUUAUUUGUUCACGCAAUACAGCAGAGCAGCGGACGCCAUUGCAGGAGCACGGUCAACAAAGUUCUCCUAACCUGUAUCAAGAAGACUGUCAAGCGGUGUCUUCGCGGGACUCGAGAUACAAAACAGCUAGACAGUGACGUGGAAAGGAGCCUUAAUGGCCAAGCGAUACAAAACCAAUACUGUGAGGGAGGCUACCUCGAGACCCUCCCCCUAGAUGCCGGACGGUGCUCUAAGGAGUACUUCGAGACCUUGCAAGGAAAGUGUAACUCGGGGUUUAUUGCCAAGUACCGCGCAAAUAAAGCUGAUCCUAAUCUUUGCUGGGAGUACAGCAUGGUGAAGGAAUGCGCUCGUAACAUGACCUUGAAUCACUGCUCUCUCACGGACGACUUGAAACAGCAAGUUGAGUUUGUCUAUGGGGACUUUAAUCCCUUCUGCAAGAACGCCAAAGACCCGGUGGUCUCUAACUUGGUCCCCGGUGAAAAUAAGAGACGGACGACAAAGACUGGGACGAGUAGAGCCUCGAGUACUGCGCGUGGCUAUAGGACAACAGUGCUGACCAUGACAAUCCUAGUCAUGUUGAUCACAAUAAGAUGAAAGCUCCACCCAUUUGAUAGACGAUAAUAUAUAAUCGUAGACCUGUCUGGUCAUAGGUCUGCGAAGGUGAGAACUCCACCGAUUCACAUAGACGAUAAUAUGCACGUUCAUCAUGUCGGCGAGUGGAUGAAUAUCAACGCUCUGCUCUAUCGGCACCAGCAUCUCCUCAUACUGUGGAAAAGCCGAAGUUGUCACAAUUCAACAAGGGAUUUUUUUUUCAAGAGAAGUUCAGAGAGGUCAGGGGUUACUUCUUGAAAAUGUACAUAGGUUGCUAGUGGAUAAUAUGGACUUAGAAGUGUAGUUAUUUCAAAUUCGUAUGUUGCUCGAUAAAAGGAUUGAGGUAAACUACCUGGUUUGGUCGAUCUCCUUUUUCUGUAGGGUUCUUGAAUCUACCAAGAACAAUUAAUAAUGUAAAUGUACUUAGUUGAAUUUUUAAACUCGUGUCUUACUUUUUCUGGGCGUGGCGUAAAUACACAAAGGGGCAGCUUUACCUAAUAGCGUUCUGAUAAGGAUUCCUGUGGUAGACCUGUGACGUCACAUGCUUGACUCUUAUCCGGCUCGCGGUUUAUUACCACAGGACACCCAAACGCAAGUGACUAGGGAGGGAAGAUGUGAAUAUCUUAAACUGGUCCAUGUAUCUCAUACAGUAUUUAAGUAAAAAAUAAAAAAAAUGAUCCUUUA